AUGGCUCUUCCAUCUGGCUGGGCAAGUCUACGAAUCUAUCCUCCUAUCGGUUUUGCUCGUGUCGGGAACUCAACCCUCGAUGACGGUUGGUUCUAUGGACCCGAGGUUCCUGGGUAUUUUCCAGAACCUAAUAAUGGAUUCAAAGACAUCAACGGUGCGGUAAAACGACAGGCUGCAAGGUUCAGAAUUUACGCGGUCGCAAAUGAUGGUAAAGUGCUCGAAAUAACCAAAAAGAACGGUUGGGAUAUAGCAUGGAAGAUCCAAGUGAUGAACAAAAAGGCGUCUUGGUACACAUUCAUGGGAAAGACCCAGGAUGGUCACUUUGAGUCAGGCUAUACGACCCUGCGCAACCCGAGUGUCCAAGCAAAGCUUCCCCCAGACCAGCGUGAUAAACUGAUUGUCGACAGUGGCAUCCAAAGUGUUAGUGGCUGUAACGCCAAAUCUGUCCCAUUAGCGGGAAAGUUCUACGGGUCCAAAACCGAGCCCACAGAUGUCUACCUUGGAGAGGCCAGAACAGAUGAACAGGGCCGUCUUGUCGUCCUUGCUGGCCGCGGUCUGUCCAAGUCUAUCGCUAAGGAAGACGAUCCUUACCCAUAUAUCAUGACUGAUUUCGACUCACCUGACUGGAUUGACGACACAUGCGAUGGCUGGAUUACAGCAACUAUAACAUCCACGGCGUCGGGAAAGUCGGUCGAUGCUCAGGGGAAGGCUCGCGUCAUCGGCACAACCCCAAAGUUUGCAAACGGCAUAUAUGCACCAACAUCUCUUUAUGAUUUGAUGGAAGAAGUGUACGAGCGCAAAAAACGCGCUGCUCAGGGCCCGAAUUCUGCAGGGAAUUUCUUCGAUGAAGGAUGGCAAAAUUCCCUCUCUGACAAGAGUAAAGUACAUGAAGCUAUUCGCAAAGGUGUAAUUAUGCGGAUGCGACUUCCUGAGACCAACAAGAAGUACGACUCAGCCCGCGCAGGGCAGGCAUACCCAUACUUUAUGCCAUGGCUUUCGGGUGAUGGAGGUCGAACAACUGCUGGUGAUCCCUCGACGUUCGCAUCCGUUACCGAGUUGCAAUAUGAUCGCUUGAUAAAAUGGAGUGAAGGGAGCUUCGAUACGACCGCUGUUAAAACGUAUCAGAAUUUCGAUGAUAUUCCCGUCGAGGAGCAACCUUCAGCGCUCACGAAGGCUGCUUUGGAGGCUACUAUCGGCGCUCCUUUGUAUCCUGGUAUAGAAAUGUCCUGGAAUGCGGAGGACGACAAGAUUUACGACUUUAACACACCGUUUACUAUUAAGCCAGAAGUUAAUGCAGGGGAUCUGACUCGUUUUCUCUCCUUACCGUGGCAGAGUGACUUCUACAUGUGUCGAUCUUAUUGGUGGCCAUCUGCUCGGCCAGAUACUGUCGUUACUGAAGAAGAUUACAACAUAGUUUCCCAGUCGGUGACCCCAGCCAAUAUCGCAAAGAAAUUAAACGACAGGAAACCCUGGGAGCGUGGUCUUCAUCAAAACUACACGGACGUCUAUUCAGACCAACCUCUUUUUGCCAAUACUGAUAUGGCUAAAAACUGGCACAAGCUUGGUUUCAUUGUCCAGCGUCCAUCAUUUGGCCCUGAACCCAUAUUCGUUGAAACUCAGCGCGGCAUAAUCCAUCGGCCAGGAAAAGAAACGUUACCUGCGCAACACACUCCUGCAAAGAGUGGUGUCGUUGGAGGUCCAUUGAAACUUCCACAGCCUGACAGUAAAAACCAACCCAUCACGACCAUCGAAAGCCUCCGUACCCAUCUGCAGACAGCUAUGGCCAUUGAGCUGGCCACUAUUCCCCUUUACCUGUUUGGAAUGUACAGCGUUAAGAUUCCUGAUGAGUACGCGAAUGAUCCUCGCUACUACGACCCUGUUAUCGGUGCUAUUCGAGGCGUUGUUGCUGAGGAAAUGCUUCAUUUAAGCCUGGCUGGAAAUGUUCUUCUAGCCGUUGGAGGCAAUCCAAAGCUUUACGACCCACGAUAUAUACCCUCCUAUCCCGCGUUCAUGCCUGGCCGCGUUCCAAAAUUAUGGCUCCAGCUCCGUAAGGCAUCUAAGGCUAACAUCCAGACUUUCAUCGAUGUGGAAAAACGAGAGAAAACUGAUGCCCCACCGGAAUCGGACGAGUACGAGACACUCGGUCAAUUCUAUGAUGCCAUUAAAAUAGGGUUGAAGUACUUGAGUAGUCAGAACCAUAAGCUAUUCUACCCCGAGAGCGCCGCAUUCCAGUUUGCCCCGGGCCUUGGAUAUCAAGCCAAAGAGCGCGAUGCAGGCGGCUCGGUCGUUGUGACGGAUCUUGAUACUGCAUUGGAAGCUCUCAGCAUAAUUGUUGCACAAGGAGAGGGUUCCCCAGGUCCCUAUGACGAUCCAGACAAGCUCGAGAAAGACCACUACGACGUCUUUAUGGAUUUGCGAUUCGGGCCUGCUCAAUGGGAGGUUUACCCUGUCGUCGAGAAUCCUGUUACACCAGAUUACUUCAAAAUUGAUCGCAGAAUCUACCAGGUCUCGUUGACGUUUGACGCUGCAUACUGCUUCCUCCUUCGUACUAUCGAAACGCUCUGGCAUGUCGAGAAAUACAGCAACCGUCAGAACCUGGUUCUCAAGAAUAUGUAUGGUAUUAUGAUGGGUGUAUUGGCUCCUCUCGCAAAGUUCCUUGUAUCACAGCCUAUCAGCAAUACCGAAAGAGCGGCUCCGUGCUUUGGUUACUACGAAUUUAAACAAGGAGUUUCCGAGCUCAAGCAAGUUCAGGACGAAAUGGCUGCGGCCAUCAACGCAUACGUCUCGGUAACAAAGGAGACUCCAGACCAGGUCGCCGUUCACGACUACGGGGCGAUGUUGGAGACCUUACUUCCGAUUCAAACCACAAUCAACAACCUUGUCGACCUUAACAGCUUUGAGAAACUCGACGUCGGCCCCACAAAGAAAUUCAAAUUACCAGGCGUUGAGAAUCGGGGAGCCAAAGGGUUUGCAAAGGGAGCUUAA